GGCAGCAUUAAUGGAAUGCGUCCGGCCAUGUCGAUGGACCAGCUCUGUGAUCUGACGCCCAAGGAGGCGUCCUUAUCGCGAGGCCUCAUUUCCCAGUGGAAAGGCGGAUCAAGAGGAAUGCCGAGAACGGCACGGGCCUCUAACGUGAACAGCGCCAAGGAGAAGAGCCUCGAUGACCCGCAUUCUAAUGACUCUGGCUUCGCGGCAUCCUCGCAGAGCAACAAAAACCUCCAGUCCAAGCAGCAGCAGCAGCCGCUCAAGCUGACCGUGGUCACCCUCCAGGAGCAGCGUUACAUUGGACCCAACUGCCUCACCAUGACACCGGAGCCGCCGCAGCAGAAGCUCAUUACCAGGACCACUUCCACUCCUCAGCUAAGCGGCCUCGGCGUUGCCUCUACCAAGGGCGUGAUGCAGCGGUUUAUGGCCUCCCAUGGCAUGCACCCUCAAGCCUUCCUGGAGAACGGCAACUCGACAACGGGCAUUACCACGGUCACCCUAUCGACGGCAGCCAUCGAGCCGGAAUCGGAGGGCAGGCCGUUGUUCCAAGAGUAUGUGCCCGUCGAGAAGAAGAACCAGCAGGAGCUGCAGGACCUGAAGCCGCUGAAGCGCCUGAGCAAGACUAACAGGCACAACACACUGAAGGCUUCGCUGGACAAGCUCAGCACAGGCGACGAGGCCGAUGCGGACGAGGCCUUCCUGGAGAACGGCAACUCGAGAACGGGUAUUACCACGGUCACCCUAUUACCGGCAGCCAUCGAGCCAUCAGAGGGCAAGCCGUUGCGUCGAGGCGAGCUUGACGAAAGCAAGCUGUAUAACAACGUGGAGUUGGAGUCGAUAGACAAAUUCUUUUCGGCUUACCAAAAGAAUGCGGUAUCGGCUACCGAUGGCUCCUAUGAGGAUCUGCGAGCAACUGGCGGCAAGCCAGCCGGGACGCCGAGCCCAGAACUGCACAACCCUGCUCAGACUGCUCAGCAAGAUGAAGAUGAGCUAUAUGGAGAUAUCAAAAUAGUGCCCUGCCGCCCGUCUCGCCAUUGGGCAACAUUAGCAUCCCAGGGAACUAUCGGAAUGGAAAUUAGCAGCAACAACAACACCAACAGCAAAACCCUCAAGCUGAACACGCGCGUCGUUGGCCUUCCGGUCACCCUAUCACCGGCAGUCAUCAAGCUGGACUCAGUGGGCAGGCCGUUGGGUCGAGGGUAUGUGCCCGUCGAGCAGAAGAUCCAGCAGGAGCUGCAGGACCUCAAGGCGCUGAAGCGCCUGAGCAAGAUUAACAGGCACAACACACUGAAGGCUUCGCUGGACAAGCUCAGCACAGGCGACGAGGCCGAUGCGGAGGAGGAUGACGAUGAGGACUCUGAAGUGGACUGCUAUGGACCCGGAGAACUGCGCAAUGUCUAGUCCACCCAUGAGUUGGAUAGAAAUGGCAUCGAGCCGGAGAACGUACACAAGCCCGCUGGCAAUCGCAGCCUGAAUGCAGCUGCCUCCAUAGCCAAUGGAGCCAGCAAUGGCAGCAUUAAUGGAAUGCGUCCGGCCAUGUCGAUGGACCAGCUGUCUCUCUCAUCGCAAGGCCUAAUUUCCCAGUCGGAAAGCCUGUUCAAAAGAAAUGCCGAAAACGGGACGGUUAUUGAAGCGGCAAUCACUACUUUUAAAAAAGUGUGACCGCUUUGACUCUUAGCUGGUUGCCUGCAGCCAUGUGCAACAGCGACGAUCAGCUAACAUGGGA